AUGGAGCAUCUCCAAAAAGCGCUUGUUAUCACAACUAAGAUUGGCGACAGAAAAGGAGAAGCAUCAAGUUAUGGAAACCUAGGUGUUGUGUUUUGGUGUCGCUGGCAAUAUAGCAAGGCUAAAGAGCAUCUCCAAAAAGCGCUUGUCAUUAGAACUGAAAUUGGCGACAGGAAAGGAGAGGCAACUGACUGCGGAAACCUUGGUACCGUGUUUCAUAACCUCGGGCAAUACGACCAGGCUAAAGAACAUCUCCAGAGAGCUCUUUUCAUCACAACUGAAAUUGGAGACACAAAAGGAGAGGCAGCUCACUACGGUAGCCUAGGUAACGUGUUUGGGUCUCUUGGGCAGUACGAUAAGGUUGUAGAGCAUCUCCAAAACGCGCUUGUCAUCACAGCUAAAAUUGGUGACAAAAAAGGAGAAGCAUCAUGCCAUGGAAGCCUAGGUACUGUGUUUAAGUCGCUCGGGCAGUACAACAAGGCUAAAGAGUAUCUCCAAAAAGCGCUUGUCAUCUCAACUGAAAUUGGCGACAGAAAAGGAGAGGCAACUAACUAUGGAGACCUAGGUACUGUGUUUCAGUUGCUCGGGCAAUACAAAAACGCUAAAAAGCAUUUCCAAAGAGCGCUUACUAUCAGUACUGAAAUUGGUGAUAAGCAAGGGGAAGCAGGAGAUCUUGCAAACCUUGGAUUUGUGUCUAGAACUGUUGGAGAUUUUGAAGCCUCAGAAGUAUGCUUGGUGAAAGCCUUAUCCAUAUCCAGAAAUAUUGGAGACAGACGAAGCGAGUUCCAAAUCCUUCGAGAAUGCGCCAUUUUGUAUUUACUUCAAAAUAAAAUCAGAGACUCCCUUUGGUGUCUUCAACUGUGCAUUGAAAAGUAUUAGGAGCUAAGACAUUUGUUGGGCGCCAAUGAUGUGUUCAAAACAUCAUUUCUGGAGGCUUCAGGAAUAUUUCCCUACAAGCUGCUUUGUGGUUUGCUUUGUGUCACCAGAAAAAUUCGUGAUGCUCCUUAUGUUGAGGAGUUGGGUCGAGCUAGAGGCCUCUCAGCAUGACUUGAUGGCAGAAAAGUACUCGGUUCAAACGCACAUUUCUGCUGAUCCACAAUCUUGGUUUGACAUUGAGCACAUUUUUAGAAAGGAAAAUAACUGUACUUGUCUGUACAUUUCUUAUUUUCACGAUCAUCUGCGCUUGUGGAUCUUGAAAACAAAUGGAGGCCUUCACUUUAAAAGGAUAUCACUAAAAGAGACUCUAGCUCAGGCUGGGUUGCCCAAAGAUUUGCCUUUGAGUCAAUUUUUGGCUGAUAAUUUGCGCAGUCUUGGUAUUUUGCCCAUUGCAGAUUGUGAAGAUCGGUCUUUAGAUAUGGUUGAAUUGCAACCUCUCUUCCCCAAACAAAAGAACUAGGCAAGAUUGCGACUCGUAAAGGGGGACGAAAACGACGGAGUCACUUCAAGUUUAUCUUUGUGUUACAAAAUCUUUAUUGCCCCCGUUUAUGAUUUAAUUGAGGAGCCUGAAGUCAUUAUUGUUCCUGACCGCAGUUUGUACAAAGUCCCCUUUGCUGCCCUGAGUGAAAAAGAGGGAGCCGAAUACCUGUCGGAGACCCAUAGGAUCCGUGUCAUUCCUUCUUUGACAACAUUCAAGAUCAUUCAAGAUAGUCCAGAGGACUAUCACAGCAACACUGGUGCCUUGAUAAUAGGCAAUCCCAAGGUUUAUUGGCUGCUGCCAUUGCCAGGUGCAAGAAAGGAAGCGGAGAUGGUUGGACGACUGGUGGGUGUUCCGCCUCUAGUUGAAGAGAAAGCAACGAAGCAGGCGGUGCUUGAGCACAUAGGUUCAGUGAGCCUGAUACAUUUUGCUGCCCAUGGUAACGCCGAAAGGGGAGAAAUUGCCCUCUCCCCCAUUCCUAUUCCCGACAGUCAAAACGCUAUCCCACCACAGGAAGCUUACAUGUUGACGAUGGCUGAUGUCUCACGAGUGAAAGUCAGAGCUAAACUGGUGGUACGUAGCUGCUGUCACAGUGGAAGUGGACAGAAAAGAGCCGAGGGAGUUAUAGGAAUUGCCAGUGCGUUCUUAGAAUCCGGUGCUCGCUCGGUGUUGGUUGCGCUGUGGGCCAUUCCAGACUCAGCAACAGAGCAGCUGAUGAGCCGGUUCUACGAACACCUCAUUGAAGGAAGAAGUGCCAGUGAAUCCCUUCAUCAGGCCAUGAAGUGGAUGAGAAAAAACGGUUUGAACAAAAUGUCUGAGUGGGCUUCGUUUACUCUGAUUGGAGAUGAUGUGAGACUCGAGUUUGACAAGCAGCGGCAAGACUCGGCGAGAACAGGUAUUUCAUAAAUUAAAGUGAAAUUAGAUGUGAGGAUGGUUAUGACUUACUGGUCGUUGACUGGAUGGGGAUCCUUUGUUACCUUGAACAUCAAGGCUAGUUUAAUAUAUAUAUAUAUAUCUAUAUAUAUAUAUAUGUAUAUAAAUAUAAAUAUAUAUAUAUAUAUAUAUAUAUAUAUAUUUAUAUCUACAUACACUUUUUUUUCCUUUCCGCUCACGGAGAGAUGUUUUAAUUUUCUUUAAAUUUUUUUUACUCACCUUCUUCUAAAUAGCUGUAUGGAAUGAGAGCGUUUGAGUGCACCACUCACCUUUUAUCACGAUAAGAGAUAGCGGAAAAAUAGAUACUGCCCAGUAUUUCCUUCAUUCGGCGCGAAAAUCUUAGCUGGCAAUUGUUAGAGAGCAACAUCCCCCUUUUUAAUUUUGCAGUCCUAUUUUGCCCCUUUAUCUCUUUUUUCACCAGGAGUGCCUCGUUUAAUCCGGUUGCUUGGUACGUUUCUGAGCACCUUCUGCGUUUCCGGAUAACAAAUAUUUGAGGGAUGGGAUGAUGUUUGUCGUGCUUUAUGAGGGUCCCCCUAAAUUUUUCUCUCAAUACCGUAAUCCCGACGGUUUAUACCAGCCAAUCCCGAUCCCGAUCAAAAAAUUUUGUCUGAGUCCAUUUCCUUCACUUAAGAGGGCGGUUUCAGUGGAUGAUGAUUUUCUCAACCAGCAUUAGUCCGUUGUGAGCUUCGCUCACUGUAAGGCUUAAUUUUAUCUCUUUUUACUAAAAUGAUGAUAUUUUAGAAGUUUUUGAUUUUUGCACGAAUAACGUGGGCUAGUCUUUGUAACGACUUUCUUCCCUUUAACUUCGAUCACAGACAAACGUAUUAAUAAACACAGGUCAGUAUCAGAGAGACGAGUAACAAAGUUAACUAGAACAUAAAACCCAAAAGGUGACUGCAGUCCCAUAGCUCUUAAACAAAGGAAAUGAAGAAAAAUUAACUGAACGCAAUUCUAAUGUUGAAGCGAGUACUUCUUCCAGAGCGGGAACCUCUUCCAAGGAGAAAACUAGCCUCUCUCUCCAAAGAUGGAAUGUUACCAUCAUCACUCGGCGAAUCGUACUCUAAUAUUCCAUCUUGCUCUUCGUCUUGUUUCCCGCUGUUUUCUUGUUGCUCCACGAAGUCAGAGCUAUUGCCAUCGUUGUUUCCAGUCUGACAGAGCGCCGACACACCUCUGCGACAAUUGUUUACGCCCAGUCGUAUUUUCUAUAUGACAGGAUCAUGGCAAUUUCAGCUACAUGAUACCAGGAAUUGAAUUUGUAAGAUAGUGCGCCGCCUAACGGGUUGUCCUUUUUAAGCCCUCUUUGGCUGCAUUUCCAAACUUUCUUGCGCAAUCUAACACCGUGAAAAGUUGAUCUUUGUGAUGCACAACCAAGUGAAUAUUCUCCACGUCUAGUUUCAUGCAACUCAACAGGUUAAGAGCGUCGUGUUGGUAUCAUUCUGAGACCCGCUUACGGGUUUCAAGGCCGUUAAGCAUUUUAAUUGACGCAGCAAUCUUAGAUGCCACGUUACCCUGUGGGCUAUUGAGAUUUUUGAUAAAUUGGCAAUUUCGCUUCUGAUAGAAUUUUCAUUUCCUCGCUGAUCGCUCGAUCGCCUCUUAAAUCCUGAAGAGCUUGUAAGCCUGGUGCCUCUCAUGGACUGAGUGAUCAAAUUCUCCAUAAAUUCUCGUGAAAGGAUAUCCCGGUUCUCGGUUCGUUCAAGUGAUUAUCUCCCGAAUCCCGCUCCUCAAAAUCGCCGAUUCCCGUGUCCCGUUCAUAACAACAAUUCCGCAUCUCGGUCCCUUCUCACUUUAAAUUCCCGGAUACCGGCCUUCAAAUAAGCCCAAUCACGGAUCCCGAAGAACCUAUUGGGGACCCUCCUUUAUGGGCACUAGCAGUGUUUUGAGAAGUAGAGAUCUGUUGUUUCACAUUCUUUGAAAAUAUCGUAAUAUCGUAAUAUCGUAAGUGACCGGACGUGCCCAAUAUUAAAAGUGUUCUUCCAUUUUCUGGUUGCAUAUUGUUGGGAAGACUUUUUAACUGUAUGCACAAUUUUCGUUCCUGUUUUUGAAAAAUUUCGACUUCUCGCUGCAAGCUGUGUAUCGACUUAAAAAUGCAACCCUAUGGCGUUUACAAUAGAAUCAGUUCUCUACACGGAGACAGAGAAGUUGCGGAUUAAAAUGUAUUAAAAUGCGCCCUUUUUCCAUAAUAGGGGCUUAAUUUUGCUGACGAGAAGUGAGGGGAAAAAAACUGCGAGCUCCGCUUUUAGGCUUGGCUCAAGCUAUACGUUAUACCUCAAAGUAAGUUGACUUACUUGCAAGAAUUCAAGGGUUGAUGUAAUGGUUUUCCUCAGGAUGGACGUGGAAGGAAGGUCGACUUAAACGAAGCUUAAGCUAAAAAAUAAAAUUGGAUUAAACGCUGGUGAUAAUAGACGUAAUUUGUCAAUCAACAAUAUUUGAGUAUACUAAUACUCAAAUGGUCUAGGCUGUUUUGUAUAAACAAUAAACAUGCCAUAUUUCUCUAAAUUAAUAGACUUGCUUCCACAUCUCCAUACAGGAGUCAGGUACAUUCUUUAUUUUAAUUUUAAAUACUUUCGCGAUCAGAAUGUAGCGUCUUAACUUCAAAGGGAAAAUGAAAGAAAUCAGACAAAAAACGUAACAUGCGUGACGUGGAAUGUAAAAUAGAAUCUCGCCUUUUAACUUCUCUUUUUUAGAUAGCUUAACUGAAUUUGUUAUUCAGACCUACCUGCAGAUAGCUUGUUCCGUUAUCUCUCACUUCUCCUACUGCCACACCAUAGUAACUCAUAUUAUUUGAUGCUACUUUAGCAACACCGAAACCAACUCAAUGUGUGGUUCUUAAUUGCACCAUAAACUCGAGUGUGUCCGCGGACUCAUUGUAGUUGCUCGGGCAAUACGACAUGGCUAUAGAGUAUCUCCAAAAAGCGCUUGCCAUCGAAACCGCGAUUGGCGACAGAAAAGGAGAUGGAACAUGUUAUGGAAACCUAGGUAGUGUGUUCCAGUCACUCGGGCAAUACGACAAGGCUAAAGAGUAUUACCAAAAAGCGCUUGUUAUCUCAACUGAAAUUGGCGACAGAGGAGGAGAAGGAUCAUAUUAUGGAAAUCUAGGUGCUGUGUUCCAGUUGCUCGGGCAAUACGACAAGGCUAAAGAGUAUCUCCAAAAAGUGCUUGCCAUCAAAACGGCGAUUGGCCACAGAAAAGGAGAAGGAACAUGUUAUAGAAACCUAGGUAGUGUGUUCCAGUCACUCGGGCAAUACGACAAGGCUAAAGAGUAUUACCAAAAAGCGCUUGUUAUCUCAACUGAAAUUAGCGACAUAGGAGGAGAAGGAUCAUGUUAUGGAAAUCUAGGUGCUGUGUUAAAGUCGCUCGGGCAAUACGACAUGGCUAUAGAGUAUCUCCAAAAAGCGCUUGCCAUCAUAACUGAAAUUGGCGACAGAAAUGGAGAAGGAUCAUGUUAUGACAACCUAGGUACUGUGUUCCAUUCACUCGGGCAAUACGAUGAGGCUAAAGAGUAUUUUCAUGAAGCACUUCUCAUUACAACAGAAAUUGACAACAGGGAAGGAGAAGGAUCAUGUUAUGCAAAUCUAGGUAGUGUGUUCGAGUCACUUGGGCAGUACGACAAAGCUAAAGAGUAUCUCCAAAAAGCGCUUGUCAUCGCAACUGAAAUUGACCACAGAAAAGGAGAAGCAGGUGACUACGGAAACCUAGGAAUUAUUUGUAGAAUUUUUGGAGAUUAUGAAGCUUCGGAAGUAUACUUGGAGAAAGCUUUAUCCAUAUCCAGAGAUAUUGGAGAUAGAAGAUUUGAGUUCGAAGUCCUUCGAGAGUACGCCAUUUUGUAUUUAUUUCAAAAUAAAAUCAAGGACUCCCUUGCGUGUCUUCAUCUGUGCAUUGAAAGUAUGAGGAGCUGAGAUAUUUCUUAGGCGCCAAUGAUCAGUUCAAAACAUCAUUUCUGGAAAACUCAGGAAUAUUUCCCUACAAGCUGCUUUGCACUCUGCUUUGUAAAACCGGAAAUGCUCUUGAUGCUCUUUAUGUUGAGGAGUUGAGUCGAGCUAGAGGCCUAUCGGACUUAAUGGCAGAGAAGUACUUGGUUGAAACGCACAUCUCUGCUAAUCCACAAUCUUGGUUUGGCAUUGAAAACAUUUUUAGAAAGAAAAAUAACUGUUCUUGUCUGUACAUUUCUUUUUUUGAAAAUGAGCUGCAUUUGUGGAUUUUGAAAACAACUGGAGUCCUUUAUUAUAAAAGAAUAUCACAAGAAGAGAAUCUAGUUCAGGCUGGGUUGCCCAAAGAUUUGCCUUUGAGUCACUUUUUGGCUGAUAAUUUCCGGAGCCUUGGUAUUUUACCCAUUGAAGAUUGUGAAGAUCGGUCUUUAAAUAUGGUUGAAUUGCAACCUCUCUCUCCCUCGAACAAAAGAGCUCAGCAAGAUUGCGACUCAUGGAGAAGCACGAGGAGGACGGAGUCGUUUCAAGUCUAUCUUUGUGUUACAAACUGUUUAAUGCCCCCGUUUAUGAUUUGCUUGAGGAGCCUGAAGUCAUUAUUGUUCCUGAUCGCAGUUUGUACAAAGUUCCUUUUGCUGCCCUGA